UGAGAUCCGGCCCACUCGCGUACUUUAAUGGAUGGCAUUAGAAGCGACGCCCCCUCCAUAUCUCCCUCCCCUCCAUCCUUCCUCCCUCUUUGUGUCUCUCCUCCCUCCCUCCUUCCUUCAGUCACUCAGGGAGUGAGUGGCGCGCAUGCAGGCACUCACUGAAAGUGACUCUGAUUACAAAACGUAUCCAAAGCGUUUCCACGCUCCGCUUCGCCUCCUCGCUCACUCUCACGGACCGUGCCGAGCUCCGUUGCGCAACUCUGAACUCUUCCGAAAAACAAAAAAAAAACAAAAACAAAAACCGUCUAGAAGAAAGUCGUUUGGUUCUGGUUCGAGAAGAAGAAAAGACGCGCAUCCUCACCUGCACUUGCAACUUUUUGGAUCCCCGGUCCCGCUCCGAGUUGCCGACCAGAGUGUGUGAUCCGUCCGGGCGCCGAAACUAACCAAGCCCAGCCCUGGAUUCACUACUGCUGAUCAAUGGACAGAACCUCCUCGGCGGCCAGCAGCGCUACACACACGCCGUGAACCGGUUUGGACAGCUGGUGCAUGAAAAACUGCAGAGGGACUAAAAAGUCCUCUUUCUCUCUGACUGGAGCUCCACUGGGGGUCUGGAAGAGGAUGGAGAGAGGAGGGGAAAGUCCCGUCACGCAGGACAGUCCUGAACGCAGAGGGGGCAGCCCGGACAUCGGCAGCCCGCCCCCACCGGGCAAAAAGGGCCGCAUGGAACUCAACGGCAGCCCCACAGGGCCCCGCCUCCGGCAAAAUGGGGCGGCACUCAGACCCCUUGGAGGUCUGAUGAUUCCCGUCUUCUGCGUGGUGGAGCAGGCGGACAGUGGGAACCAGGCAGACGGAUGCGACGGAAGGGAGGAGCACGCAGAGUUUGUUCUAGUGCGGAAGGACAUUCUCUUCUCCCAGCUGGUGGAGACGGCACUGCUGGCCCUCGGCUACUCGCACAGCUCGGCCGCACAAGCCCACGGUAUUAUCAAGGUGGGGAGGUGGAACCCUCUGCCCAUCCACUUCCUGACAGAUGCCCCGGAGGCGACUGUGGCCGACAUGCUCAUGGAGGUCUACCACAUGGUCACCCUUCGUAUCCAAGUCCAAAGUUUUUCGAAGCUUGAAGACCUUCCCUGUGAGCAAUGGAACCACGCGACUGUCCGGAACGCGCUCAAGGAGCUCCUCAAGGAAAUGAACCAAAGCACUCUGGCCAAAGAGUGUCCUCUGUCGCAGAGUAUGAUCUCGUCUAUCGUGAACAGCUCCUACUAUGCCAACGUCUCCACUGCGAAAUGCCAAGAGUUUGGUCGCUGGUACAAGAAGUACAAGAAAAUCAAAGUGGAUUAUUUGGAGAAGAUGUGGUCUGGGCGAGAUCUUGCGGACAUCAAAAUCGAGCGAGACAACAUGGCUGACUUCUGCAUGCUGGGCCAAAGACCACCUCCUCACUUGGCGGGCCUGGCGCAGCUCAGUCACUUGGGCGGCGGUGGCCCUCUGCUGAAGGCGGGAUCCGGAGAUCCGCAGGCACCGUCGCAGCCAUCCCAGCAGCCUCCCCUCCCCCAGCAACAGCCCUCGCCCCAUGGCCCCCUCCACCACAGCCCCCCUCUCCACACUGGCCAGGUGCCCGCACCGCCACCACCCCACCCGCCCGGCGGACUCCAGCCCCUGCUGGGCCCAGGUGGGCUGCUCUCGCCUCAACUCUCCCCACAGCUGGUGCGCCAGCAGCUCGCCAUGGCCCACCUCAUCAACCAACAGAUAGCCGUCAGCCGGCUGCUGGCCCACCAGCACCCACAAGCCAUCAACCAGCAAUUCCUCAACCAUCCGCCCAUCCCGCGGGGUUCCUCCAAAGUCGGCGGUGACCAUCCGGGAAACAACCCCUCGGCCUCUGAGGUUUCCUCUGAAAUCUACCAGCAGGUCCGUGAUGAGCUGAAAAGAGCCAGUGUCUCCCAGGCUGUUUUCGCCCGGGUGGCCUUCAAUCGCACGCAGGGUCUGCUGUCAGAGAUCCUGAGGAAGGAGGAGGACCCUCGCACGGCCUCGCAGUCGCUGCUGGUCAACCUGAAGGCCAUGCAGAACUUCCUCAACCUGCCCGAGGGCGAGCGCGACCGCAUCUACCAAGAGGAGCGGGAGCGCACCAUGAACCCCACAGUGGGCCUUCCUGCCUCCAACUCAUCCAACCCCGGCGCUCCACGCCUCUCACAGAAAGUGUGGGAGAGGAGCUUGGAUGAGCAGAUAACACCUGAUACCUGGGCCUCCAUUUGGAAGAACAAGAAUAAGAUAGCCAACUCACCAAAGCCAACAGGUCCUGUGCCUGACCUACCAAUCAAGCUGGAAUCGCUAGUCAACAUCACGUCGGGAAUUUAUGACGAAAUCCAGCAAGAGAUGAAGCGAGCCAAGGUGUCCCAGGCACUCUUUGCCAAGGUGGCUGCCAACAAGAGUCAGGGUUGGCUGUGUGAGCUGCUCCGCUGGAAGGAAAACCCCAGUCCAGAGAACCGUACCCUGUGGGAGAACCUGUGCACCAUCCGGAGGUUCCUUGCCCUUCCGCAGAACGACAGGGACCAGGCGUACGAGGAGGAGUCACGGCACCAUCACAGCGAGAGGCUACACACCGUCCUUCACCUUCCGCAGGACACACAGCUCUUUUGCCUUUCUCGGCAGGCGCUGCACAGACCACCCCCAACCCAGAUGAAGGAACACCGUUCGUCUCCCAUGAGAGAGGACCUGUUGUCGGCCCCUGUUAACGAGGACGGCGCGCAGACUGUGGUCACGCCUGGAAGUGCACAGAGCACCACUGGUAGCUCUGGCAGCAGCAAGAAGCCAAGACUGCGCACAAAGAUCUCCCUGGAGGCAUUGGGCAUCUUGCAAAGCUUCAUCCAGGAUGUUGGACUGUACCCAGACCAAGAGGCAAUCCACACCUUGUCGGCACAGCUGGACCUGCCCAAGCACACCAUCAUCAAGUUUUUCCAGAACCAGCGCUAUCACGUAAAGCAUCACGGCCGCCUCAAAGAACUUAGCGAGGGGGCGACCGCCAGCGGAGGAGUGGAUGUCAGCGAAUAUCGGGAAGAGGAAUUGCUGUCGGGCUCAGAGGAUCCGGAAUCCAGUGAGGACGGGGCGGAGGAAAUCUACCAGUCUGAGGGGAAUGGUGGUGGAAGCACAGGAGGACUGAACCAGCCUCAAACUUCCUCCAACUCUAGCCAGGGGUCCUCUGGCAACAAUUUAGCCCAGGAGGAGGGCAAGGACAAGAGUCACCCCCGACCAGGUGGCCCCCUGGCUCCAGGGAGCUCCUCAUCUAGUCCCAGAGAGCAGCCCGACUACCAAAGGUAGAGACGACCGGACACAACAAAGAGAAAACGAGGGGACUAGAGAAGGAAAGGACAAUGAAACUGAUAAUUGUCUUGAUAAUGAGGAUGGUAUAAAUGUACAGCUGAAGUAGGCACAGGAAUCAUAAACCACUGGCCAGAAAUUUCAUAAUGACAAUCUUGGACGAGCUUUUUACUCUGGCUACAAGAAACGAUCGGUAAAUGUGAAACAUCUCAAUUGCUCAAUUAAAGCUGCUCAUGUGGUCAAUUUACUCAAGAAUAACUCAAGAGCUCCUAGAAAUGGGUUUGCAGGGUAAGAUCGGCUCGAGCCAAAGACAGUUGCAUCCAUCUUUUGAGUCUGAGCGGCACAGACACGUUGGACCCUGGGAGUCGAGGAGCGACUCUUACUGACUUGGGCCUUCGGAGACCUCUCGUCAAACCUCAGGAUGGACACUUGUGUUUCUAUUGCUGUUCCUUGCCUGAGAAAGACCAUCCAAUCAUCCCACGUAGCCCUUGAGAAUCACUACGAGUCCUAUUUAGCACUUACAAAUAUUUUGUCGGUGUGAUGUACCCUCGCCUAGCCUCACCCUGUAACUCACUUUACCAUAUGCUGUCAAGUCUCACCAAGCUUAAAGAAUCCACAAGGGGACACCAUGGACUGUUUUGCAAGCCAAGAAGUAUGUGGCACAGAGACACUCAAUUCCAUGGCUCAAACCUAAGGCCAUCCAAAGGAAACCCCCCGCCACCCAACCCCACGCCAAAAAAAAAUCAGAGGUAAUCGUGCGAAGAUUCAGCAGCCAAGCAAUCAGUCACUUUAUGAGCGGUAGUCUCUCUUACAUCGUAACCCCCCGCGCCCCCUCUAAUUGGUGCCCACGGUCUUGUCUAACCACACCUCCCUGCACUUAAACCUCACCAACCCUAUUUAUUGCUAUCUUUAUCUAUGAUUAUUAUAAUCAAUAUUGUUAUUAUUGUUGUUAUUAUGGUUAGGAUUGUUAAGUGCUAUUUCUAUAUAUAUAUUUUUUUUAAUGUCCCUGUUUUUCAACAGCGGCAGUUAUUUUUGAUAACAAGACGCACGAAGAGUGUAAAUGGAGGGACGAUUUUAAAAAGAAGCAGUUACUGAGUGAGAUUUGCUAAAAGAGAAAUCCCGCGUCAUGUUGUGUUAUUUUGUUUGUUGCAGUGACGUCCACAAAAGAAACAAAAAAAAAAAAAAAAAAGGGAAAUUGUGCUUUACUUUGCUGCAGUUGAUGACAAUCUACUUCUUUGAGCCAUGACAGAAACGUGGCAGAUCCAUUUCUAUUCCUUCUGUAGAUGCCAACAAGUGGGAUGAAUUGUUAUCAGUGUAUGUCUCUUAAUUUUUCAGAGCUACUUUCAAGUGUUUGAGCCAGUAUGGAGCGGCAAAGGAGCGUUUUGUCUCAUUGUUUUGUGUCAACUCAGUGAAAUCAGUUUAUUGCAUUGUCUUGGCCAAAUCCGAUCUAUUUUUUUUUUAAGAGUAUUUAAGAAGGAAUGAAAAGUGUUUAGUGUUUAACGUCUGGUGCAGUGAUGUACACAUACAGUAUGUUCGAAACAUUACGAGAAUUAAUCGUUUCUUAUGACCGUACAUCAUCAGACAGAUGACCUGCCUUCUAAUUAUCACGUCAACACGGAUCAGAUAUCGUUGUGCUUUUCUGUAAGACAGGAAUCAGGGUUGAAUACAGUUCCGAUGAAAUAGUUCAUUUGAAAAUGUUCAUUCAGUGUUGAAGUGAAUAAAAUUUGUGAAUUCAAAAGAA